GCAGGAUGAGGGGAUGAGGAAUAGAAUCAGGACUUUCAUUCAUGCGGCGGAGGCGGCGGUCCUUAUUCCCGCGCUGCCUUGUGCGCGGUGGUUUUCUCCUCCUUCUGUCAAAGAUUCUGGAGAUUUAGAGAAAUUGGGAGAGGGUCUUGCGAUCAAUGUCAGCAAAGACCUCGAUUGGUUGGACUCUGAGCUAGAGGGCAAGAAGCUUCAUUGCUGAGGAGAGUGUGAGCGUUACGAAUAGGAUGUGCCUGUUUAUUGUGUAGUUUAUUUUCUCUAGGGAUCUUUGUGCGGGACGCAAGGAAAGGGAAUGAGGGAAUGUCGAGUGGUGGGUGAGAGAUUGUGAAAGCACGGAGAGUUGGAAGAGGGCUGUGAGGAAGACAGGAC